AUGACUCAAACGCCCAUUCGAUUUUCUUUUCUUCCCCGCCGAAUUGUUUCCUGCUGGUACCCCGCCAGCAGAAAACACUUUUCCUCCACCCCUUCCACCCUUCGCGCUGUUCUCCAGGAGUCAAGAAACAAGAAAUCCGUGAUGGCUACCUUAAAUACCAAGGCCGGUCAGGCCGUUGACCGUGCCGUUUUGGAUUCUAUGCUCCGCCGCCGCCUUUUCUAUACCCCCUCCUUCGAGAUCUACGGAGGUGUCUCCGGCCUGUACGACUAUGGUCCUCCCGGCUGCGCCGUUCUAAACAAUAUUGUCGAGACGUGGCGGAAACACUUUGUGUUGGAGGAGGAUAUGCUCGAAGUCGAUUGCACAAUGCUGACCCCGGAAGAGGUUCUCAAGACCAGUGGCCACGUCGAAAAGUUCGCCGAUUGGAUGUGCAAGGACCCCAAAACCGGCGAAAUCUUCCGUGCAGACCACUUGGUGGAGGAGAUGCUCGAGGCUCGUCUCAAGGGUGACAUGGAGGCUCGUGGCCAGAAGAUUGAGGUCGACACGGAGAAGGAAGCGAAGAAGAAGAAGAAGGCCAAGAGUGAGGCUAUCAAGCUUGAUGAUGCGGUCGUCAAGGAUUAUGAGGAAGUGCUGGCGCAGAUUGAUAACUUUGACGGUCCCCAAUUGGAGCAAAUCAUUGCCAAGUACGACAUCAGAAACCCCGUUACUGGCGGCAAUGUCCUCCCCCCUGUUUCUUUCAACCUGAUGUUCCAAACCUCAAUUGGGCCUAGCAGCAACAUGCCUGGCUAUCUACGCCCCGAAACUGCACAAGGACAGUUCCUGAACUUCCAGAAACUACUUGAGUUUAACCAACAGGCGAUGCCUUUCGCUUCGGCGUCUAUUGGCAAGUCGUUCCGAAAUGAAAUUUCACCACGCGCGGGUCUUUUGCGUGUUCGUGAAUUCCUCAUGGCCGAAAUCGAGCACUUCGUGGACCCGGAGGGUGGGAAGAAGCAUGCGCGUUUCGACGAGGUUAAAGAUAUCGAGUUGAUUCUCCUCAACCGAGACGUGCAGCUGUCUGGAAGCACUAAAACCGAGACAAUGACAGUCGGAAAGGCUGUUGAGAUUGGACUGGUAGAUAAUGAGACACUCGGAUACUUCCUUGCCCGUAUUCAAUUGUUCCUUCUCAAGAUCGGUGUUGAUUCUACCAAGGUCCGCUUCCGCCAGCACAUGGCUAACGAGAUGGCCCACUAUGCGUGUGAUUGCUGGGAUGCUGAACUGCUAACUAGCUAUGGCUGGAUUGAGUGUGUCGGAUGUGCCGACCGCAGCGCUUAUGAUCUGAAUGUGCACAAAAACAAGACUGGAGCCCCUCUUGUAGUUCGUGAGACUCGUGCAGAACCAUUGAAGGUCGAGGAGUGGCAAAUCGACUUGGAUAAGAAGAAGUUCGGUCCUCGCUUCAAGAAGGAUGGUAAGACCGUCGAGGCUGCCAUUGAUGCUUUAUCACAGGAUCUUCGGGAGAAAUUGGCUCUUGACCUGGAGAAGAGUGGCAAGGUUGAGGUAGAUGUCGCUGGCGUUGCUUCUGGAAAGGUUGAGCUGGAGAAGGACAUUAUCACCAUUGAGAAGCGCACCCGUGUUGAGAAUGUCCGCGAGUACACUCCCAAUGUUAUCGAACCAUCAUUCGGUAUCGGCCGUAUCCUAUACAGUCUUAUGGAGCACGUCUACUGGUACCGUGAAGGCGAUGAAGCACGCGGCCUUCUAUCUUUCCCCCCGGUUAUUGCCCCCACUAAAGUUCUUCUCGUACCACUAUCGAGCAAUCCCGCGUUCCGCCCUCUGGUGCAACAGUUGACGACGAAGCUCCGACGAUUGGGCAUCUCCAGCCGCGUGGAUGAUUCAUCAGCUAGUAUCGGUAAGCGAUACGCACGCAAUGACGAGCUGGGAACACCAUUUGGUGUUACGGUCGACUUCCAGUCUGUCAAGGACAGCACCAUUACGCUGCGCGACCGUGACUCCACAAAGCAGGUGCGCGCGAGCGAGGAUGAGAUCCUGCAGGCCCUCAAGUCCCUGGUGGAAGGAGAGGAGACGUGGGAGGAUGUGCGUAAGCGGUUGCCCGAGUUCACUGGACAAGAGGUGGACUAG